AUGUUACGUAGGAAGUUUGUGGAAAAACCACUCCUAAUCAAUUUACCGCCGUUUGUAAAUGCAGCCUUAGCAGAAACCUACUCAUUACCAGAUAAACGCUACUUUAAAACUUCGUUUUGUUACACAAAGAAAUUUACACAAUCACCUCAACCUAUUGAGAUAAACGAUGAAGUACUCGAUUAUUAUCAAAUUGAAGGAGCUGAUUUUUCCAACAGAAUAUGGUCGGGACAUUGGUGGCCAAAGAAAUGUCAAGCCGAAACCCGUCUGGCAGUUAUUAUCAGUUACCAUAAUAAUUCGUUUAAUCAUGCAAUUUUGUCUAAUAUUGGCUAUAUUGAAUCAACAAAAUUGUACAAUUAUACCUGUUUCAUCUUUCAUGAUGUUGAUCUCCUACCGGAAGAUGACAGAAACUUGUACACGUGUGGCGAUAAACCUCGACAUCUGUCUGUGGCCAUUGAUAAAUUCAAUUAUGAAUUAUGGUGGCCAGGACUGUUCGGCGGCGUGACAGCAUUUCGACGGCAGGAUUUUAUCAAUGUUAAUGGCUUUGCAACAAUCUACCAAGGAUGGGGUGGAGAGGAUGACGAUAUGUACAGUCGUGUUAUGAACAGACUAAAGAAUAUCACUCGUCCGCCCAUGGACGUCGGUCGAUACAAAAUGAUUCGAAAUCGUGGUCACGUAGCAGGUGAUCCAAAUCCUCAUCGUCAUGAAAUACUGAAAUCGAACUAUAGUUACAGCCUAGAUGGGCUCAACACAACAGAAUACCAGUUGAAUGAGAUCAAAUUUUACAAAUUGUUUGUUUUGAUUAAUGUAACGUUGACUCAGUUAACAUGGGAUCAAAUAAAACAGAGAAUAAAUCUCCACUGA